AUGUAAAAAUAAAGCAGAUAAAAUACUUAGACAGCAUUUUAUUCUCCUUAACCUGGAAUAAGUUCACCUUAACCUUUGAGGUAGAUUAUAUCUCCUGGGAUUUAUGGUCCUCGUAAUUCGUAAAAUUUUCUUAUUGAUUCAUAUACAACAAAGCAUCAAGAUUAGGAUUCUGAUAGACUAUUGGGUUCAUCUCUUAGAUUUAAUUUAUUGAAGGAUAGUCAUUAGUAAAUUGAGAAAAAAAUAUCAGCUUUGAAAUCCAAUUUACUUUAGAGCAGAAUGAGUGGUGAUAACUUAUAAUUUUCUACGAAGCCUUUGGAAAAGUUGCUCAAACGAAUGGAUGAUACGGGUACUCAUAAAACUGAAUAAGUAAGGUAUAAUCUAUCUUUGAUAUAUAGGGCUGAUGAUUUAUUGACUGAAAUUCUUUCAGAGUUAUCGUUUAUAUCGAUUAAUGCUAAGAAAUUAUAGAAUUAACGAUCUUCAUAAAAAUUAUAGAUGCAAUUACUCAAAGAUAUUAGAGAGAUAAUUAUGGGAUAUAAUAAUAUGCAUAAUAUAAUCAAUCAAAUUUGUUAAGCUGCACAAAUAUCUAUAAAUUAACUUUAGAAUACAAAUAUUAUUAAUCAAUUAUUCAAGAGAGACGAAUUCAAUAAGCUUUAUUCUUUGGUAGAGAAACAUUAGAAUGCUUAUCCUCAAACUUUUGAAUAGCUUUAUUAAAUUAUUGCUAGUAGUUUAUAGAGUAGGGAAUAAGAUCAUAAUAAAUUGAUUGAAAUAAAUACUUAAUUGCGUUAGUAAGAAAUUUAGAAUAAAGACUUAAAUAUAUAAAAUAAAAAUUUAUAUGCAGUAAUUACAAAGUUAGAAGCAAAAGUAAAUAAAUUGUAAAAUAAAAAACAAUAAUUAGAAUUUUCAAAUUAAUAAUUUUCUAAUUAAUUAUAAAAUACAUAUAGACCUUAAGAUAAUUAUUCAGAUAAUGAUAAAUUUAAACAUAAAAAUCCUUUAGUAGAAUCAUAAUCUAGUCUUGAUUCUAAGAAUACUCAAAAUAAAUUAUUAGAAACUUAAUUAAAUUAAUUCUAAGAUCUUUUGGUAGAAAAAGAGAAUGAAAUUAUGAAUUUAAAAUAAUAAAUAAAUGAUGAACAUGAACUAAUAUAAAAUCAUUCAAAAAAAAUUAACUAAUUAGAAAAUGAAAAUAAAUUACUUAAAAUAUAAUUAUCUACAAUGACAGAAAAUGAGAAACAAUGUAAUAAUAUAUUAAUUAGUUAGUGCAGAAAUAAAAAUUUGAAAUUAAUUCUGAGUAUUAAAAUUAUAAAGAUGAUUCAAGUUAAAAAUUUAAAUUAUUAAAUUAAGCGAUGGUAGAUUUAAAGUAAAAAUAAAAUAAGUAUUUAUAAUAUCUAAUCAUUAUAUUAGAAUAGGCUCUAGAGAUAGUAUAUCUGAAGUUAAUUAGCUUAAUUAAUAAAUAACUAAACUUAAAUCUGAGAAAGAAGAAAAAGAAAAAGAAAAUGGAUAAAAUUAAAUUAAAUUUUAGGAGAUGAAAUCAAAAUAUAAUGAUUUAAAACAAUCUUAUUAAGAAUUAUAUGAUUAAUAUUAAAGAGAUUAAUAAAUGAAUAAAUAAAUUGUCUAAUCAUUAUAAACAUAAAAAGAAGAUUUUGAAAUUAGAAAUUCAGAAUAAUAAAGUUUAUUUCAAUUUGACUUAGUGUCUUAAUAAGAAUUAGAAACAUAACAAUAAUUAAUUAAAUAAUUAGAGAAUGAUUUAUAGUAAGCUUAAUUUACAUAUAAAUAAUAAGAAACUAAAUUGUUAGAUUAUGAAGAUGAAAUUAAUAAUCUUAAAAUAUAAAUCAAAAGACUUGAAGAAGAACAUACAGAACAACUUCAUAUUUUAGAUAAUACAAUUUAAAGUAAAGAUUAAAUAAUAUAAUAAUAUGAAAGUAAUAGUAGGAUUUUAAAUGAUACUCCUGAACAACUAAGAAGUAAAAGUGUUGAAUAAACAACUAUUUAAGGACAUUUAAAAUCUUAGAUUGAUUCUCUCAAUAAAAGUCUCUCAAAUUUUGAGUAAUAAAUAAGAGAUUUAACAAAGAUUAAUAAUGAAUAUUAAGAUUAAAUUAAUAAUAAAGAGAAAACUAUAAAACAUAAAAAUUAAGAAAUUAUUUAAUUACAAUAAUAACUAAAAGAUCUUUAAGGAUUAAACUAAAAAAUAUUAGUAUAAGAUAGAGCAAUUCAUCAUCAUGAAAAACAAAUAUCUACUCUAAAUUAAACUAUAUAAAAAUUAUAAGAAUCAUUAAAUUUCAAAGAUUAAAUCUUAUAAGGAAAACAACAUGAAAUAGAAUUAUUUUAGAAUUAAAAGAAGGAUUAUAUUUAGUAAUAAAAGUAAUAAACUCUAUUAUUUGAAUAAUAACAUUAAAAAACAAAGCUUGAACAAUAAGAAUUAUAGAAAAAGGUGAAGAAAUUAGAAGAAUAAAUUAUUUAAAAGGAAAAAGAUGAAAUUACUAUAACUGAACAAUAAGAAAUUCUUUAGAAUUAAAUACAUUAAUUAGAAUUUUAAAUGAAAACACUUAAAUAACAAUAUGAGGAUGAAAAGAAAUAAUUAAAUGAUAAAAUAUAAAGGUUAAAUUAAGAAUUAGAUGAGGCUGAAAAGAUUUAAAUUUAAUUAAAUGAUAAGUAAAUCUUACUUGAAAAUGUUUAAAAUAAAUUAAGUGAAUUAGAAUCUGAAUUAAAUUCUGGUUAAGAUUAAAUUUUACAAUUAGAAUCUAGAAUUUUAGAUUUAUAAACAGAAAUCAAAAUAGAAAGAUAGAAUUUUUUAAAAGAAAAUUAAUAAAAAAUUGAAGAAUUAAAUUCUCAACAUUAAGAGAAUGAAGAACUUAUAUCAAUUAAUCAAGAUCUUACUUAAAAGAAUAUUUAAUUAUUAGAAGAAAUAGAAUAAUGUUAAUAAAAUUAAAAUAAAAAUUAAACAAAUCUCCUUUAAGAAAUAGAGAAUCUUCAAUUUAAAGACAAUUAGAAUAAAGAAAUAAUUAAGAAAUAUGAAAUAUAAAUUAAAGAAUUAAAUUCAUAAAUAUAAUUAUUUAAUUAAUAAUAGAUUUUGGAUAAUUAAGAAAAAGCAAAACUAUCAGAAAUGAUAUAGGAAUAGUUGAAUAAAAUAACUGAUCUUAAUAAACAAUUAGAAAUUGCAAAUUUAAAAAAUGAUUAAUAAAAUGAAGAAACUAAGGCAUAGUUUAGUACAGAAAUAGUUGUGAGAGAAGCAGAAUUAGUUAAGAAUGUUAUGAGGCAAUCUUAAGAAACUUAGAAAUUACUGAUUCAAAUUGGUAACUUAAUAGAAUAACAAGAGAAAAGCAAAUUAACUAAUAAAAAAUUAGAGUCAUAACUUUUAGAUCAAGAAUAAAAAUAUUAAAUUCUCUUAGAAUAAUCAAAAGCUUUAGAAACUUAAUCGUAAUAAUUGAUUUAAACUAAAAUUGUAGAAUUAAAUUAACUAAAUUACAACUAACAAUUGAAUAUUUCAAAUCUAUAAAAUGAAAUUAAUGAAAAAAACUUAAAAUUGAAAUAAGAACUGUUACAUAUUGAGACUCUAGAAUUUGAAGUUAGGAAUUUAUAAUUAUAACUUGAUAAUUAAAAUUAAUAAUUGAAUAAUUUAAUAAUCUUGAAUUAAGAGUAAAAAUAAUAAAUAUAGAGUUUAUCUCAAAAAGCUUAUAAUGAUUAACAAUAAAUCUAAAAUUUAGAUAGUAAAAUAAAUGAAUUAGAAUAAAAUAAGUAAAUUUAAGAAUCCAAAAUUAAUGAGAUAACAUUAUUAUUACAAUAAGAAAAAGCAAAUUGUUCCAAAUUAAGAAAUGAUUUAACAGAAAGAUCUAAUUAGUUUGAUUAAUAAGUAGUUGAAAUUAAAUAAAUAAAAAACGAUAAUAAUCAUCUAAAAGACUUAAAUAAUGAUUUGUAAAAGAAUUUAGAAGCUAGAGAGAUAAUUAUAGCAAAUAAUAUAGAUAUAAUAAAUGAUUUAGAUUUAAAAAUAAAUUAAAAAAAUGAUGAAUUAAAAGAAAAAUAAAUUAUAAUCUUAGAUUAAAUAAAAGAAUUUGAAAAAACUAACAAUAAACUUCAAUAAUUGCAAUCAUAAAAUUUAAUGCUUGAAAAUUAAAUACAAGAGAGAAUAUAAAUAACUUAGUAAAUCUAACAAGAAAUAAAUGCUUUGUAACAUUCAAAUCAUGAACUAGAGUAAAAUAAUAAGAAAUUAUAAUUAUAAAUUAAUUAAGAUACUUAAAAUUAUAAUUAGUUAAAUUAGAAAAAUAUAGAAUUACAGGAAAGAUUUACAGUUUUGAAUAAUUCUAUUUUAGAUUUGAAAAAAAAUAAUAAAGAGUUAGUAGAUAAUUAGGUUUAAAUAACAAAUAAAAUUGAAGCAGAUUAAGCUUAAAAUAGAUUAAUAGCUUCUUUACAAGAAUAUAUAAAUAAUUUAGAAUAAAAUAAAUUAUAAUUAGAAAACAAUUUGUAAAUAAAGGAAGACCAAAUAACACAUUCUAUUUAAGAAAACUAAGCUUAAGAAUAAAAACUAUUAUAAGAAAAUAAUUAAAUUAUUCAAGAUCAUGAUGAAUUAAUGACAUUAUAAAAAAUGGAAUUUGAAAAAAUAAAACAAUAAAAUAAUUAAUUAUAGUCACAAACUAAUUAAUAAUAAUAAGAUAUAUAAUCAUUAAAAUUAGAAUUAUAACAAGAAAUUGAAAAUAAAUAAUAAAUAAAUAAUUAAAAAAUAGAAUUAGAUAAUAAAUUAAAUCUCUUAAAUUAAAAAUACAUAUUAAAAGAAUAAUAAUAUUAAUAAUUAGAUUAAUAAUUAAAAGAUUCUGAAUCCUUACUACAACAAGAAUAAAAAAAACUAAAUUCUUAAAUUGAUAAUUUAAAUUCAUAAAUUUCAGCUUUGAGAAAGUAAGUUGAUUAAUUAAAGGAAGUCAUAAUUUAAAAGGAUAUAGAUAUAGCAAAUUAUAGUAAGAGGGAAAAUGAAGCAUUGAAAUUAUUUGCAUAUAAAGAUGGAGAAAUUUUAACACUAUAAAAUGAAAUUGAAGCUUUAAAAGAUUAAGAGAAUUCUUUGAAUAUUAAAAAGGAUAAUGAAGGAAUUAAAUAAUUAUCUUAGAAGGAUGCAGAAAUUUCAGUUUUAAGAAAUGAGCUUGAAGUUAUGUAAAAUAAAAAUUUACUAAAAGAAACUUAGUUACUUAAAUAAAUUGAUGAAAAUAUUGAAGAAAUAAAAUAGUUAAAAAAUGAUAAAGAUAAUGAUAAAGCAUAAUUCUAAAACAAAGUAAAUGAAAUAGAUGCUUUAAUAGUUUAAAAAGAUUCUGAGAUUUCUGCAUUAUAAAAUGAAUUAUAAGCAAAAUAAGUUUAGAUUAAUAAAUUAUAAGCAGAUUAAAGUUAAAUUAUUUUAAAUGAAAUAAAGUCAUUAUUUAAUUAAGAUAAUAUCCUUGAUUAUUUAAGAUAAUUUAAAUCUUAACAUGAAAAACAAUGUGAGAGAAAGUUUACUUAUUAUUAAUGUUUAUAAUCAUUAAUGGAUGAAUUACUAAAAAAUUAAUAGGCUGUCUUUUAUGCUUAGAAUUAUGUAUAAGAAUUGAGAUUAUUUAUAGCUUAAAUUAUCCCAGUAAGAAUAAAACAGUUUAUUGAGCUAUUAAAAGGAUAUUUAGUUUAUGAAAGCAAAGUUACCAAUUAAAACAGCAUUAAGUAAUAUAAAAGAAGAGAAAAAUGAAGAUAUUAGUUUUUAAUCAAAUGAACAAUAGGUAGAAAUCAAUGAAAAUGAUAUUAGUGAAUUUAUUGGGGAUUUAGAUAUAUCUGCUAUUGUAAAUAAUGAUAAAAAUAAGAAAGAAGUAUAUAUUAAUAAUUAUUAUAUAUAGCAUUCAACAUCAAAUAAGUAAUAAUUGUCACAUACUGAAGAGGUGAAUAUUUUGAAAUCAAAAUUAGAAGUAGCUAAUGAAGAGAAUGUGAAAAUUAUUGGUAAGUUUUAAAUUUUGUUAGAAAGAAUAGCUGCAAAAGAGGAACAAAUAUUACAAUUAAAUAAUUUAGCCAGAGAUGUAAUUGAAAAGAAUAUUUUAGUAUAAACAUAAGAUGAUGGCUAUGCAAAAGACUUCUGUUGAUCCUCAAGCUGUUCAUGCUAAAGCUCAUUUGAGGGAUUGUUUAAAAAAGUUUUUAAUUGCUUGUGGACCAAAACAUCUCAAUUAUGAUUUAGGAGAGGCAAUACUUAAUACAUUGUUUUAAUUUUUGGAAUUCUCAGAAAAAGAAAAGGAAGAAAUUAUAGAUGAAUUGGCAAUUAAAUCUGCUGAUAAAAGAAAAGGGAUUGUUUAGAUAUUGUUUAAGAAAUGA